AUUAAAACACAACAGUAUGUGAAUAUGUAUACGUCAGACACUGUACGUGGUUAUGUAUAUAGAUUGGUAAGGGAGUCCAGAUGUAUAUAGAGCGUAUAUAUAUGUGAUACACUAUAUGUGAGUCUGUAUAUAGAUUGGUAUGGGAUUCCAGGUAUAUAUAGUCGAAACUUAAAAUCUACAUAGUGAAAUUCGCAUCACGGUUAGCAUAUUAAGGCUCUCAUAUAUACAGUCGUAUUGCAUCGAGCCUCUACACAGAUUUUGUGACUAAACAAACUCUUUCCGAUGUCUCAGGUCAUGUAGUCUAUAUAUUUUUUGAUCGUACCAUGCUCAUAGUUUCAGCGUAUGAAGGGUUCUGGGGUUGUUUAAAACAUAUACAGAGAUAUGAAAUACAUGCCAUCUAUUUUAUUCUUGGCAGGAUAAUAUACUAGUGAACUAAUACGUCAUCGUAUAGGGAUAGCUUUGUGCCAUGGUUUCUAUUGCUGUCCAUGCGCAUGGCUCGGUUUUCGAGACUCCAUACAGUGGUUGGCUAGUAGGCUGGGUCAAUCACAGCGACAAUGAUAGCUAUGGGGUUCACCUAACCGUCUACAAUGUAGUACCGUAUGUGCAGGCCGAUUGUGUGCAUCAGACCAAUCAACAAUUGAGUGAUCUAAGGUCUCGAUUGAGUGUAAUCGGCCGGUGGAUCGGACACACACCCACGCACCCAGAAGAUGAUCACGUACAGCAUAUGGACUAUAUACCAGAGGGUGUUCAUUGCUAUGACUUAGCAGCGGUGCAGGUAGUACUACAGUGUAGUAGCCAAGCGGGCGUGUUUGCUCCUGUUGCUGUGGAUAUACUAGUGAGAACCUUUGCCUCAAGCACACUCACAGGCAAGGAGAAAGAGUCCCAGAACUGGCCUAAGACAGUGCGUGUACAAGACAAGGAUACGGGGAGGAUAAACCAGACUGACUGUGGUAUGAGCAUACCGGGCAAUGCGUAUACUCGGGAAAGAGUCCGCGCGAAAGGGAGAAACGAUGGAUGCCAACGCCUGGGAUCAGAGAGCGAUAUUGAAACUAGUACAGUCAAGGGAGUUGAUGAUCAUGUAGAUGCAAACGGCAUGGAUUAUGCCAGAAGUGGCUGUAGUAGUGAGGCCGGCACCGGUGUGAGCAGAAACCCUACGUACGAUACCUACACUACUGACGCCAUCUAUACCAGUGUCCGCACAAACAACCCAACCGUGGCAGAGGCGAGGAGCCCGAUGUAUGUAAAACCUGGUAGCUAUGGGAAGGCCGGUGUCACUAUUGUACUCUACCCAGAACCGGUACCGGGUGCGUUGUUAGUGACCUCGCCUACCUCGCUACGGUUGCAAGACACUCUGGAGUGUAUCUACCGGCACAGCUUUCUGGCACCCACCGCCCCAGUACAAGAUACGUGCACACCAAGGGGAAGGGGUACAAGGCAUACAGACGUACCUGGUGCUAGCACGGAUAGCUCUGGUGAUGGCACUCAGGCAUCUAAUAAUAGAACACAGUCAUCUAAAAAUAGAACACAUGCGUGUAAUAAUAGAGCACAGUCAUCUAAAAAUAGAACAGAUGCAUCUAAUAAUAGAACACAGGUAUACGCACACACUCACGCACAUGUGUACGAGCAAGUGUUGGAGCAGUUGGCCGUCAGUGGCAAAUCUGGGGCCCGCCAAUGCAGUCCUGUAGGUAAGUGGGUGCCAUAUAUGGAUAUGAAUAGCGUAGAUGCCGAUAGUCUAUAUACACACACACCCCAGGCAUGUGGAGGCCCGAGGCACACAGUACCACAGACAGACAGUCUGCGUCAGGACGAACACUGCAGGGAAAGGCCCAAUUCAAGCCCCAAUUUAAAUGCAAGUGAGACUGGGGAUUGCGAGAACAGGGUGCAAUCGCACCUCAGGAAGAGAACAGGCACAAACGUACGUAGAGAAGCCAGCGACACAAACACAGGUCACAGGCGCACAGAUCAGUGCCAAGGCAACGAGUGUGGGUUGUCAGUCAGGAACAGGGAAUUGCACAGAAGCAUCGCGCCAAACACACCACUGAGGUGUGUAGGGGGGGUGAGAGGGGGAAGGACUCGCACAGGGGCAUCCACACACAGAUGCAUGGAGGUGUGUACAUGCGGAGACGACAUGCACACAGAUGUUAGUAGGGAGGCACGGGGACAGAGUGCACUAAGAGUGGCGCAGGAGGGAUUAGACCGGACUGCACCGCUUGAUAAUAAUAGUCUAGAUAGGGACACACAACCUGGGACAGAUAGUAGCACCCAAUCUGAAGUGGCUGGGUCUGCACUUCAUGGUAGAAACAGGGCCGCACCUCAUGGAACGGACAGGGUCACGGGUGCGGUAGCAGACCGGGCGCCACACCACAGUGGGACGAGGGGCAAACAUGAUAGCACAGCCCAUACCACUACCAACAACAGGGAGCAACACCCAACCAGCGACGCACAGACGAAACCUAUUAGCUUAAACAGAGUCUCAACUACAACAGACUACCCACCCACCCCCACCCCCACCCCCACGCACUGGUCUGAAGGUAGACAUGCGGGUCUUGUGCGGGUGUGGAGUGCCGCUGCGCUUGGCAUACACACGGCUGUGAUGUCAUUCCGCAGGAUAGGCCGUUACACACCCUAUGAGCGCGUCCCGAGACCAGACCAAGUGUUUCUGACUGUGAAGUUUCUGUGUGAGCGGGGGCGGCGUCUGUUGGUGUGGCCUUUGGUGUAUGCGAGAGCUUAUGCACACACAGAGAGUGGCUCUACAGCACUCGGGCAAAAACGUGCACAAGCACACACUCAGGUACGCACAAACGCAGCAACGCGGUCAUACUCGCCGGAACGUGAAUUGGAACACGCAUGGGCGCAUACGCCACACACACACGACCCUACACACAGGUGUGGUGAUAGUUUUAUGCCCCAUUACAGUAGUAUACACACACACCAACAACAGAUAGAGUGUCGCUCGCUGACGCUGGCGCUGUGGGAUGAGAUCGUGUCCUCAGCCGUAGACACGGUGCUGGGGCUGGUAGUGGGGGUGGUCCUGUGGCGCUAUAGCAGGCCAUUAGUGGAGGUGCUGGUGUAUAUGAUUCGCGAGUAUACUAUAGAGUACGUUAUCCACACCAUCAGAUGGUUAGCCGGAUCGCCCGGGGGGGUCAAACUGAACCCUCCCGUGGCGCAGUUCCUAGGCAUGGUGUUUGAGGUGUACACUGGUUGGUGGGGGGCCGUGCUGACGAGUGUGGAGCCGCACCUGCACCUGAUCAUUAGGACCGGAAUUGCCCUGUUGGCGCCGUGGGGGUUGGUGGUACUGCUGUGUGGGUUUGUUGACCUCGUGUUUGUACUCACAUUUCACGUGUAUCUGCUGGGCCGCUUCGCCACCAAUCUGUACGGGGGCAUAAUCCGCUGCCUCAUCUCGACCUCCCGGCUGUUCCGGGGCUAUAAACGUAACGUCCUGCGUUUACGUAUCGACAGUUGCCACCUGGCAUACGACCAGUUGCUGGUGAAUACCAUGUUCUUUACCACGCUCUUCUUUACCGUACCCACCGUAACCAUCUAUUACGCCUUCUUCCUGAGCUGCAAAGCCCUGGGUGUGGCUGUGCAUGUAGGGGCAUACGUCGUGUGUAUGUUUCUGUGGCACUUUCCGCUGUACUCGAUCUACACCCUUUACCACACACCCGACUUCAUACCAGGGGGCCUGGUUCUUGCACCUGUUUUUGCAGAAAAAGGACCGGAGAGUGACCACCCGCCUGAAAUAAGGGACACGCGCAGGGGCUUUCUACCACGAUCGCCCCUGGCCACCACCACGUAUACGUCUGAGCACGCAGAGACACUUACCUGUCCAUCACCUACGAAGCAUCACCAUACACCCACACGUACACAGAAGAUCGGCGAGUACACACACGUGUGCGUGCGGGAUACCACCGUGUUGGCUGUACGCAACCGGAGGGUCAGUAUGGGCGUACUAUUCGCCCGGGCACACAAUGCGAUUGUGGGUGUGUUGGCGCCGUACCAAAUGGGCGAAAUUUGCACCCAGGUGUUAUUCGGGUACUCAGACCCCAAAGAAUCGGGUGCAGGUGCAGGUGCAGGUGCGGCUGAGAGUGUCACCAGCGACGAUGCGGCGCAGUGGCAGCAAGUGUCAGACUACGAAGCGUACGAGAAAGCCUUGAGAGGGGUUGCGUGCGUGUGCUAGGAUGUAGGUUUUAGGGUUUUAGAAAACCCUGAAACUGGGUAGGGUUGCGUUUUUUAUGGGGCGUUUGGGUUGGUAUAGAUAAUCAUUUUCUCAACCUCAAUCGGGACAGACUGACAUACUUAGCGCAAGCCUGUGUUAGUUGAGAAGCGAUCCCGUUGGUUUACUAUAACUUAUCAAUGUAGAUGUGAGAGCACCCUAGCAACGGUUGACGGGGAGGAUAAGGAAUGCUCUGUUUCAAAAGAAGAGAUGUCAAAACCAUCGUCUGAUAGAUAGGCAAGUCUGUUGUGGGUGGAAAUAGUAAAG